AUGAAUUAAAGGGAGAUUGCCAAAGAAGUCUUAGCGGUUUCAUUGCACAUUGCGGAUGCAGAUAAAUUCAACUUUGAAGAUUCUAAAAAGAGAAUGCAAUUGUUAACAGAAUCCGUCUUGAAAACAAAUCUAUUGAGAUAGAAACCCAAUAAAAAUUGCAAUCAGACUGUUGACCUUGAGUUUUAACAAAUUGAUAAUUUAAAAGACUUGCUACCUCAUUUAGCAGAAUGCAGCAAUUUGCGUGAAUUAAUUUUGCAUGGUAAUCGUUUACAUACCUUACCUGAAGAUCUCUCAACCUUGAGUACCGUUGAAACUUUGGACAUAUCCAACAAUCUCUUUGAUGAUAUUAUUCCCAUAAUCAAAGCCUUGCAAACUAUGCCCAAAUUGUUACACCUUCACAUAGGAUUGAGAGACAACAAUGAAGAAAAGUAUGUGAUCCAACACUUACCCAAUCUAAUUACCCUCAACAAUAGAAGACUCAAGUUUUUUGAUCAACUUGACAGUGAUAGACCUUCUGAAAGACAAUCUGCAAGAUCGGAAAAAUCCUACUAAAGCGAAGUCACCUUCAAUUAGGAGGACGUAGACAAUGUGGAAAACCUUUUUAAUCAAAUUUGUAACAUUGAAAAUAAUCCCAAUCAACAAAAGUCACAUGCUCCACAAUUGACUGAUCAUGUCAAAGAUGUAAUGACGGAUUUUUCCACCAAAGUCCAAUAGACUCACUCCAAACACUUCCUUGAUACACACAUACUCAAAGUAAAUCUUACGUAUUCUACCUAGGCAAAAUACGAUCUAUACGAAAUCUGUUUCAGAGAAUUAAUUGACUAUUUUCGCAAUAAUAACAAUAAACUUGAAUAAGUCUUAAAAACCUUGUAACAAGAGCAUUCCAAUAUUUUUAAUGAUCUAACCAAUAUCAUAUACAAUCUCAGAGACUAUAAAAAGAUCUAAAAAGAGAAUCAGGAAUUUGACUAACUCAUCUUGAAUAGUGAUAUUGUCAAAUCUUAAAUUAAAGAAAUUCAACUCCUCAAAGAAGAACGUGAUCGUCUCUUCAUUGACAAAAAUAAACUCUAAUAAUCCAAGGACUAAUAAUAUGAGUUGCUUCAUCCUUUACAAUUAUAAGUCAAAACAUUGUAAUGCAGUGUUUAGAGAUUGGAAUAAGAAAAAGAAAAUCUCAAUAAUAAUAUUUCCUAAUUAGAAUAUUAAUUUGCUUAGUAAUAACAAAUACAGAGAUCUAAUAGAGGUAGUUCCAAAUAAAUUCAAUCAGCCAAUCAAUCAUUUUAGGAUAUGCACUCUUUUUCUAAUUUUUAAACUCAACAAGUGGUCAUGUUAGUUAAAGGAACCCAAACUGACAAUCAGCGAUUUUUUGAAAAGGAAAGCCAAACAAUAGAUUAAGAAGAUAAUGUAAUCUUUACUAAAUCCAUUGAUAUGCAAUCCUUUCAAUAAGAACUUGAAGAUUUAUAAUGUUAAAAUGAGUAACUUCAAUAAGAAAACAAAAAAUACUUAGAAAUGAUAAUCAGAAGAUCCAAGGUAGAAAAAUCAUCCAAUAUCAUGUCUGAUAUCAGUUAUAAGUAAACUGAAAGCCCAAGCAUCAUUGAAAAAAAGAGAUACAAAACCUUAUCGGAAUUUCACCUUCUUGUUCAACCCUAAUCAUUUCGACCCUUAACUUUAAAAUAACUCAAAGAUAUCAUUCAGGAUAUCUAUGAAAGCAAAACAAAACACGAUAUUCGACAAAAUGAAAAUAAAUUACCCUUAGAGACUAUUGAACAACAUAUGUACACGUAUUUAUAUUGUAAAUAUGGAUUAAAAAAUUUAGCUUUGGAGUGGGUUGCUUGCAUUAUUAAUGCAAUCUAAAAGUAUAUUGCUGAAGACAAUGAUGUUGCUGUAUUUGCAUUAAUGCUUAAAAAUAAUAUUGAUGAAGAUUUCAGAUUAUUGCAAUCUUAGCGCAAAUAAAAUAUUGAAUAUAUAAUCUAGACCAUUUUAUAAGCCAAGUUUAAAACCAAGCACGUAUUAGAGAUUAAGGAAAUGGUUAAAUAAAAAGUAGCCGGUUAAAUAACUCAACAGGAAGUAAUUGAAAUUUUGAAAUGUUGUCUUCCAGAAGAGGAGAAAGAAAUCAUACUUAGCUAAUUAAAGAUGCAUUAAAUUAAAGCUGUUGCCAGUGUAAGCCCAAUAAAAAAAGUCAAUUAAAAAGAACAGAGAAGACCCAGUGCUUAAAAGGAACCUAUAAAAUAUGAGUUUUCUGUCUUUAUCAAACUAAUUCUUGAAUACUUUAUGAGUCUUCAUCAAUAAUACUUAGCCAAUUUGUGCAUAGUAUUUAAGUCAGUUGACCAUGAUAAGGAUGGAAUUCUCAAUCAAUAAUAAUUCUUUAAAUUGACUGAAAGCAUCAAGCCUAAUUUACAGAAUGAAGAGUAUUCUAACUUAUAUGAAAUUCUUGAUCCAUUUAAAAAUGAUAAAAUAACAUUUUCAUAAAUUGUAAGAGUGUUCAAAAAUCCAUAAUUUCAUAACAAGAAUGUUGAUCUAAUAUAAUAGAUAUGUAUAAUUUGA